AUGCGACAGUGUAGAAGAAAGGCAAAACUCGUAGUAGCGCUGUUGUUAUGGUCAGUUGUUGGUCAAGGCGCUGCGUUUGUGACGACGCCUCGCGUUUCCAAAACAAUAGCCAGGCCCGGUGAUACCCUCCAUUUCGACCUGUGGAAACCGAGUGGUUUAAGCAGCAGAAGACCGAGCCAUCUUCACGAAACUUUUUCAAGAGAAGAACACAGCUGUGGUGGCGCGACAAUUUGCCGCCAGCUCUCUUUUGAGAUAUCCAAACAGCUACCCCCAAGAAAAAAGAAAAGACGACAACCCGAGCCACUGCUACAGCGACUUUCCUUCCAGUACGACUGCGACAUUCUCCAAUUACAACAACAACAACAACAACAACAGAGCCAUGUUCCCACAGAAAAACAGAUUGGUGUCAUUUUAAUCCAUCCCAUUGGUGUGGGAAUUGGAAAGUGGUUCUACAAUCGAUUGCUGGAAUCACUCGACACAAUCUACCACCAACAAUCCAAAUCCAACCAAACCAACACCAACUUGAUUGUCGCCGCUCCCGAUUUGCUUGCCAGUGGCACGGCUGCCAAUCCCAUGAUGUAUGCAAAGGAUGCAGAUUGCAUCCCCCUGACGGAUGUUUCCGACAUGCCCUUCUUGCGAGUCAACGACUGGGCGGCACAAAUUGGUCGCUUAAUGGCCAAUUUGGAACGGGAUUAUGCCAUUGACGAAUGGUGCUUGGUGGCCAAUGGAGGAUGUUCACCCAUUGCCCUGCAAGUAGCACAGCAAUCAGUCCAAUAUCAGAGGGACAAAUUGUUUCAACAGCAACAACAACCACAAAGUACCAGUUCGUUCGAAUCGCAUUUCUUUCAACGACCCGACGAGGAUAUCACGAAACAAGCCAAAUUGGACAAGAUCCAGAAAUCCUACAAGACACUCUGUGGUCUGACGGGAAAGUUGUUUUGGUGGUAUGCACUCCGUAACGACGGUGCGUUUAUCCAAACGUUUAGCGAACGCAAUCUGGUGGCCGAUGCGGCCAACCUGGGCGAUGCUUGGACUCGUAAUUGCGUCGCCACGGCGCGCAUGAAUCAAGGAACUAGUCGCUUCUCGACGUUUGCCUUUUUGGCUGGAUCACUCCAAGCCGACGGAUGCCGCGAUAGUUUGCUCACGUUGCGGAACAGCGGUGUCUUGGUGGAUCUCAUUCGAGGGAGAGAUGGACGUCGAAAUCGUGCCAAGAGUUGGUUUUGGCAACGAAAGAAGAGCAAGACCAAAAGCACAAUCCAACGGGAAACGCUCCAACAAGUGUUGCAGAGAAACGGCAAUCGAGGCAAUGUCAUUGAAGUCGGCGGUCGGAUCAGUUUGGCACACGAAGACGGCCCAGGAUAUGCAAAGGCCCUCUUGGAAUUUCUGGCUCGUCCAGCAGUGGUGGAGACCACACGGUAG